AAACUAAAACUAAAUUUAAUCAGAAAUAUCAACAAACUAAACAAAAUAAUUUAAAUUUUGCGCCUAAAAUUCCUUUCCUCUUUGCCCCUCACACACUUUGGCCCACAAACCCACGAUUGACAAACCUGUCAUCCCUCACCAACUAACCUCUAAAAUCUAAAAAUACCACCUAAGCAUUGGCAAAUAAGUGAAAUCUUGGAAAAUAUGUAAUUAACGACGUCAUUUCUCAAAUCACUGCUUUAGUUUACUUAAAAAAAUGCUCCUUGUACUUAACCUCAAACUCGCUCAAUUGUGAUGAAACUGUGAGAAAAUCAUGCCUGGGAAAGUUAAAGUGAAAAUAAUAUCGGGGCGGAACCUCCCUGUGAUGGACAGGUCGAGUGACACCACUGAUGCUUAUGUCGAGAUCAAAUUAGGCAGUACGACGUACAAAACUGAUGUUUGUCGCAAGUCGCUGCACCCCCAUUGGAACUCGGAGUGGUACAGGUUUGAGGUCGACGAUUCGGAACUUCAAGAUGAACCCUUGCAGAUUAGACUGAUGGAUCAUGAUACUUACUCAGCCAAUGAUGCUAUAGGAAAAGUGUACUUAGAUUUGAACCCUUUACUCCUACCAGCAACUGGUUUAUUAGUCAGAUAUGGGUGGAAUGGUGAUGGUAAUCAUGAACACCCAUCAAAUUCAGUUAUGUCUGGCUGGAUACCAGUCUAUGACACAAUGCAUGGUAUCAGAGGAGAAGUUAAUAUCGUUGUUAAAGUAGAACUAUUCUCGGAUUUUAACCGAUUCAGACAAUCAUCAUGUGGAAUCCAAUUUUUUUGUUCCAAAGCCAUCCCUCAUGGAUAUUUUGCUCAAACAGUUCAUGGUUUUGUCGAAGAGCUUAUAGUCAACGACGAUCCUGAAUACCAAUGGAUUGAUAAAAUCCGUACUCCGCGAGCUUCUAACGAAGCCCGUCAGACCCUUUUUUUCAAGUUAUCAGGAGAGUUGCAGCGAAAAAUCGGCGUUAAGGCUUUAGAUUUGGGCGGAAAUGCCGUUAUCGGUUAUUGUCAGUGUUUCGACUUGGAGGGAGAGUCAGGAAUUGUCGCUCGUGGGAUCGGAACAGCAGUCACACUAGCCCGAGUAAUGGACGCACCCCAUCCCACCAUCGCCUCAACACUGAAUGAGGAGCGUGCACAGAGUUACUUAAAAUUCCUUGGCUCCCAAGCAAGCUUCCGCCUUAGUUCCGAUCCCGAACACAAAUCCAUGUUUCCACAACACUCAUCACCCUUUAUCGCACCCAUCCCGACCCUUAAUAUAGACAACCCGAGAUACAAACAUUUACCGAAACAUAUAUACCAGCCUGAGUUAAGAUCGACACAAUCUAAUCCGACUUUGAACGAACCUAUCCACCAUACAUCGGUUAGGACAUUACUCAAACAAGAGGACAUGAGAGGGACUCCCGGUUAUGGUUUUAGUCAAAAAUUUAGAAAUUUCAAAUACUCCUCACAGAGUAUGUUAUCUAAAAAAAUGACAGCGUUAAAAGCGAGAUUGGGAGACUCAGGGAUCGGGGAGGAAAUUGACCAGGAGAAUGUCACAGCACCCGAAAAAAAGAGAUACUUGAAAUUCAAAAGAACAAUAAGUGACUCUAGUGUUAUGGCGGAAGUGUUAGCACGGUCAGUGAUACACGCUCACAACAGUCUGACAUGUAUUUUAGAAACACAAGAUUCAGUUUCUUCAGAAAGUGCAGAUGUAGAGAUAAAUAAUGAAAUAGAAACAGUUUCGGUUUUAGAAAAAACCGCGUCUGAGCCAUUACUUAGCGUCCAAGACCCUUUAGAGUCACACUCGAGUAUUGUUUCUUCGUCAAGUUCACCGUCGUUAAGUUCGGAAGAUGACGAAGAUAAUUCAGAUUCGAAAUAUAUCAAUUUUGAGACAGUUAGUAACAUCAUUAAGAAUGUUGAACUAUUAGAACAAAAUAAUACAGUUGCCAAAAGCUAUAUUAAACAAAUGUCUUUAUCGACGUUGUCUUUAGAUGAGGAAGAAAGUGAAGAAACAAUUAACCCUUUUUUAUUUCCGGAUGUUUCGAAACAGGACAACAUCGCGGAAGAUAUUCCCGAGAAUUAUUUGGAAGAUUCGCGGGCGCCGAUUGCUAAAAUUGAAACUGAUGAAGAAUCGGAUGGCAAAGAUUCGAUUCAUGAGAUGGAUUUAACUGACUUUAAUUCAAAAAGUAUACUUCCACCAGUGCACAUCUCUGGUGACAUCAAACAUAAGGGCCUAUUUAAAACCGCCAUGCAGACAAUUCUUCUAGAGAAAGUUAACAUAAUAGGAACCUAUACACCACCAAUGUCCCCGUCUUCAAUAGCAACAAAAUCAAGUGCCUUUAGUGUUUUUUCACCCACUUCUUCAUUAAGUUCCGUCCAAUUAAACAAAUUGCCGCGAUCUUCUACUGCUAUAUCUCUAGAUGAUUGCUCUUAUAAGCGCGAAACUGUCCUCGGCGCACCCUUUACAUCGAUGUAUAACAUACGAAGGCAAUCAAACCCAUGUCUGUUUAGUAAAACAGAACUUAAGUCGAGUUGCUUUUCUGACAGUGCGUUAGAUAAAGCCAAAGUGUUAAAUUCAAAUGAACAGUUGAGAAAAAAGAGAUUCAGUUUUUUACAUUUGAGUCGGAGGAAAUCGCACGAUCCUGAGUCGAAUUUAAAGAAAGUCAAAAGUGACGAGUUACAUAAAAAAAGAUUCUCGUUUUUGCACCGGUCGCGUAAGAGUUCCGAAAGUGAGGAUAAAAGCAGUAAAAAAAGUGACGAUCCUGUUAAGAAGCAUGGGUUAUUGGGUACGGCCCUAGGAAAUGUUGUUAUGGAAACGGUUCAGGAUAUUUUAGCCACGUCUCAGGUUGAUAAAACUCAAAAAAAAGAUAAUAAAUGUCCCGUUUUCCCUUCCUCGUCUAUAUUAACUUGUACUAAUGACAAUAAUGUAACCGAGGAGUCUGACACUGCCUUAGCUGUCAAUACAGAAAUUGAUCGAGGCAUUAGCGUUAGCAAUAAUAUGCAUGCAAGCUUAACCCCUUCUCUUAGGCAUAAUAGUUCACCAAUCCCGGAACAUCUACCUGAACCAGGCCACCAUCGAGCCGAAUCAUUUGGGACAAAAAUGGUACAAUCUCCUGCGAAACUAAACAGCGUACCUUGUAUCUACCGGCGAUCGUCCGAUUCUGAUCUGAGCAUCACACCAAAAGGAUUCUAUAGGAAAAGGAACAGUUUAACUGGAAGUGACAGAUCAACAGCCAACGGACAUUUAUUUAAAAGCAACUUCUUAAGAGCCACAGUCCCUCAAGAAAACUUUGACAUGCUCGAAUACCCGUUUCUAACAAUGACCAAGUAUCCUCAAGGUUUCAUCACACAAUUGGGAGGUGCAGUCAGUGCACGUUCGGUGAAAUUACUAGAAAGGAUAUCAAAUCUUGAAGAACCCGAAUCUAGGGAUACUUGGUGGUCAGAAAUCCGGAUGGAAAUUCGGUCGCACGCUAGAGCUUUGAAUUGCAACGCAGUAUUGGGCUAUUCGGAGACUACAAGUAUUUGCGAGGAUGUUUGUGUUUUGAGUGCGAGCGGCACUGCUGCAGUUAUAGGUUUCCAAUACACGGGCGAAAUGGGUGAUAGCAUCGGGGGACUCCCCUUAAUUACGCGCCAGCAUAACAAGGACUUAUUAAGCACGUCUUUGGAUCGGAGCGACUUCGAAAAAGAGCACAAAAAGUCACUAGAGAACAAAAAAGUGUUACCAGAAAGUCCAGAACGCGAUAUUGUUUCUGGACAUCUUACCCCAUCUUGCGCUUUGUGUCACUUACCCUACAAUAGCAAUAAUGUUCCAAUUAGAGCAACAGUUUUAAAAUGUGGGAUUUGUCGGAGUGGGAAGGUCCCCGAUGUCUUGAUUACAACAAUUGAACUGCCUGAUGGGGCACCAACCAUAGGGCGGGGUUGUUUCAUACAGUCAUUUGUUUGUAGACAAUUAAAAGAUUUGAGGGGUGAGUCGAAUGCGAAAGAAAUUUCCGACGGUUUGCCCUUUCUAGAGUACGAAUUGCACCGCCUACUUAUCAAUAAAUUGAAAAUAAAAGGAAUGAACGGAAUUUUCGGCCUUAAAAUUCGAAUUUCAAUCGGCGAAAAAACACUAGUGGGACUUGCAACCGGCACUGCUGUUUUUCUCACACCUUUACCCACACCAGUAUUACCAAAACUAGUAUCGGAUCGUUCUUCCGACGAAAAAAAAUUAGCAGACUUACAAAAACUUUUGAAUGAAACUGUGAAAAAAAAUAGAGAGAUUUAUCAAUUGAAAAGUAAUGAUGAGUGUCAGAACGGCCGAGUUAUGUCAGAUGACGACUCCGAAGAAGAACAAACAUCUAUUGACUUAUCAUUGGGCAAUAAAGAUUGCUGCGUUCUUGAAGUUGACGACCCUGAAGACGCGGAUGUUGUAAAUAUGUUAAUGGAGCAACGCCCCCCUGAAGGCUUCCAUGUAGUCAAUACCGAAUUUGUCCCCGGUUUAGAAGAACUAGAAAUCGUUAAAAACCUCCAAAUGUUCACACAAAUCUACCGAGCGAAAUUUCAACCCCCUUACAGUUUCGACGUCCACUUACACCGAUUACUCCAAAGUGUAUAUUUUAAAUUACGCAGAAUGGUACCUUGCGCCUUGUGCGACCUGCAAUUUCGUGUCGAUUUACCCGAAACAGAUGAAAUUCAAUUAUGUGUAUUAGGGAUGGCUUUGGGAUUGGGCGAUCCCCAAAAAAUGAGAUUCAAACGAAAAAAUACCGUCACGAAACGAUACGAAGACGACAUGAUUUUCAAUUUGGAGGAGGAUCAAAUACCUGAAAAUAGUGUCACUCAGACACACUUAAAUACUCACAGCAUGCGACUACGGCAAAAGUCUCCAUCAAGAAACAGGAUUCAGACUGUGAAACAGAGACAUAUGCCGUAUAAAGAGCGACACGGGGUUGAUAUUACUCCACUAUCUUAUGUACCUGGUGGCAAAAUAGAGCAUUAUUUAGGAAAUUUGAAUUUCUUUUUUAUUAGAGAAACAACAUCGAUUCGAGAAGAGGGUGGAUUGAGUGGUUUCAUCCACAGUUUUGUAACCGAAGUGUUGGCAAUUGUUCGCGCACAUGUUACAGCUUUAGGUGGGAACGCAAUGGUGGCUUAUUUCAUGACAGAAUGUGUUUUAAAUCAUAAUCUUCACAAAAAUCAAGGUCAAUGCCUUAUUAACGUCGGAGGGGAUGUAGUUUUCGUUUCGUACUUCAAGGAAGAGCCCUAAACCCUUGUUUGCGACUUAUCACUUUCUGUCUCAAUAGCCGCUCAAUUUAUCACUCACUUCUAGUAUAUUUGUCAUUUAGAAUAUAGUUUGUUUCAGGAGAGUUGUUGAUUUUUGUGAAUAAACUCGCCUUAUUUUUGUGAUGCUUGGAAUUGUGAUUGAUUGUUGAAACGUUUAAGAGUUUCUCUAGUAAUCACAAUUUCUUAGCAAAUAUUGUCCCUGAACAUGACAAAUACGAACCUGAUUGUAUUUCGGAAAAUUGUUAAAUAAAAGUCAUCUUAUUUA